CUGUCAUGAAACCAAGAUAACAUUUGUCAAAAUCAAAAAUUGUUCUUUCAUUUAUGCCAAAUUAUAAUGUUCUUAUUUAAGCACACAACUGAGAACUGUUGUAAAGUUGCAGCUUUGCAAUUUGUUGUGUUUCUAAUUGUUUUCCUAGUACCGUCUUACUUGUCAUUAUUCAUUGAAAUAAAGAAGAACAUUAGCGGAACAAUGAAAGUAAACUUCCAGUUUGAAAAAUAUGCCUUAAUGGCGUUAUCACUUUAUAUGAUAAUACCUUUGACGUUUUCGCUUAUAUUUUUUAUUGGAGUGUUACAUAAAAAUGCUUUUUAUAUAUUAACUUACAUAAUUGAAUGUUGUUUUACUAGUAUUGUCGUAUUCUUUAUGACUGCAGUAGGGCUGUAUAUAAUAGCAAACAAACUAACUUGCUCUACUGGCUACAGCUUGUUUGUGAUUGGAAUUUUUCUUCAAUUAAUUGUGACUCAUGGAAUAAUUGUAGCCUCUAAAGAAAGAAAACAAUUGAGAAAAAUCAAUGAUAAUCUUAAUCACUAAUUGUGUAAAUUAUAUGUCUUUAUUGCAACUACUUUAGUGAAAUAAGUUGAUUACUUUAAAGUAAUUUGUCAAAUAAAUCUAAAACUAGUGUCAAUACAUAAUACUGUGAUUAAUAAAACAUUUAAAAGUUUAAACUCUUGAGGUGUUUGUAGAAACUGUGCACUGCAAUAAUGUUGUAAAGAGCAAUCACUGAAAACAAAAAUAAUAACAUUGAGACAAAAACAAAAUUAAUAACUUACCCGACACAAUAGCUCCAAUAAUUAGGUGGCCAAUAAUGAAAAAUGUAGCGUUAUGUCCCGAAUGAUGAAUAAUAGCAACAAGAAUUGAGAUUAUGUACACAACUAUUGCAACAGGAUUGAAUAUCAGCCAAGGUACCAAUAAUACUGGUCGGUUCUGGAAAAAGGUAUUUUUUUCAGAUGCAAUUAAUAAUGCAAUUGCAAUGCAAUUAAUAAUUAAUUACUAUACUUACUGUCUCAGCUCCAAAAAUGAUUAAAAUUGAAAGAAUGCACUGUACAGCACUUGCAACAGCAAUGAUAAUUAAAAGACAGCGUAAAACUAAAAAAAAAAUUCUAGAGAGAGAGUCGUUGGCAGAAAAAAUCUCACCGCUUAUAUCCGGUACAAUUCCGGGAUCAGAUAUCUCCAGUAAUUCGUGUGGAUGUUCGGCGUAGGCUGCUGAUAAAAUCAAGAACAUGAAGGAAAUAAUACUUUGAA